AUGACUCGCGACAUAAACCAGGCAAUCCAAAUUGUCAACACUCUUCAAAACCCGUCCAGCGUCCGGGAUAUUUCAUUCCGUGAGGACGUCGAAGCAUUUGCGCUGAAUGUGUCUUUGAGCAUGGUCAACGAUGCUUCGCUUUGUACCAAAGUCCCUGUCAAUGUCACCACGUUCACUUCUGCGGUCGUCUACGCCUACAACCCGCAGAACCUCCUGCUCUCAUACGGACUGGCCAUCCUUGCUAGUACCAUCUCCAUUGCCUUUGGACUGUUUGCGAUGUGGAAGAACGGUGCAUGCUAUGAUAAUCGAAUGUCUACUUUCGGCACGGCGAUGCAAGGCUUUGAUGUCAAAGAGGUCUUCGAGGACUCUAAAACACGGGCGGCACAACCGCUAAGAGGACAAGCUGCGAAGACAAAGCUGAUGUUCGAUGCGGAAGAAGGUUUCGUACUCGGCCACCGCAAGCGGCCCAGCGGCGGCUCAAGUAUCGGCACGCCUAUAACAGAAGAAGGUUUCGUACUUGGCCAGCGCAAACGGGCCAGCGAAGGUUCAAACGUCGGCACGCCUAUCAGAGAAUGA